CCACAUCAAAACAAACCCAAAGUAAGACACAUAGCAAAAGUGACAAUGGCGUUGAAACCACUUUCCAUCUUUGUUGUCUUCUUCAUCUUCUUCUUAGUUAUCUCUGACGUGCCAGAGAUAGAAGCACAAGAUAGCCAGUGUUUGAGGGAAUACGGUGGCGAUGUUGGCUUCAGCUUCUGUGCGCCUCGGAUAUUACCGACGUUUUGUUACACAAGAUGCCGUGAGAACAAGGGGGCUAAAGGUGGAAGAUGCCGUUGGGGACCAGGAACUAACGUCAAGUGCUUAUGCGACUACUGCAACGAUAAACCCUAAUCCCAGUUUCCAAACGAUCGCUAAUACACUAUGGCCGCAAACGCAAAUGCUAUGUUUGAAUAUUUUGGUUUUGUGUGGUAAAUCUAAUAAUGAAUGUGAAUGGUCCCAAAUAAAUGUAUGAGCAUGUAAUAUGAAACAAAGAAUAAUGCAAAAGUACGACUUUCUAUGUGUAAUAAAACAAGUUUGGUAAUA